AUUUCUCAUAUUGGAAAGCUGAAAGAUUUUCUUCUACAACACAGAAAGGAUUACAUUAAUGCUUACAGGGCUUGGUCUCCUGUCUCUGCACACUGUGUGAAUGUGCAUACACCCUGGGCUUUUUUGGAAGUUGGUUAGUUCCAUUCAAGAGCACAGCUUUGUCCCACAGGUAGGAGGGAUAUGCAGCUCACCAAGUUUACCUUCAGCGUUGUCCCAGGAGCCACUGCACCUUCAGCCAUAUUAUGUCUGAUUAUGUGAGGAUGACGGAUACAGAGCGUGACCAGAUAGAUCAAGAUGCCCAGGUGUUCAUGAGAACGUGUGCUGAUGCCAUUCAUCAGCUCAGAACAGAAGCACACAAGGGUGUCCAGUCUGCUCAGGUGAAGGAGCACAGAACAGCUGUCUUGGACUUCAUUGAAGAUUACUUAAAAAGAGUGUGCAAGCUGUAUUCUGAACAAAGAGCCAUCCGAGUUAAGCGAGUGAUAGAUAAGAAGAGACUAUCCAAACUUGAACCUGAGCAGACCAAUGUGUCCAAAUCACCUCUUUCCUCUGAAAAAUCUUCACAGAGUCCUUCAGAGGAUUCAGAAGAAAAACCUUCUGCAGAGGAAAGCAAAGACAGAAAUCUGCCCGAUGCCCAAAGUAACCUUGGAUUAUGGGGGGAUGGCAAAGGUGAAGAUGAGCUGUCACCUGAAGAAAUACAAAUGUUUGAACAGGAGAACCAGAGACUUGUUGGUGAAAUGAACAAUAUCUUCGAUGAAGUCAGACAAAUUGAAGGAAAAGUGGUGGAAAUCUCCAGAUUACAAGAGAUAUUCACAGAGAAAGUCUUGCAACAGGAAACUGAUAUUGACAAUAUCCAUCAAUUAGUUGUGGGUGCAACAGAGAAUAUAAAAGAAGGAAAUGAAGACAUAAGAGAGGCCAUCAAAAACAAUGCUGGAUUUAGAGUAUGGAUCCUCUUCUUCCUUGUGAUGUGUUCAUUCUCCUUGCUUUUCCUGGACUGGUAUGAUAAUUAAUUAAACAUACUAUUGGCUCCAUACUCUGUAAAUGUUCUGAUUUUUUUUUAGUGGGGGGGGGUAUAAAAUAUGCAUACCUGCAUAUUUUAUGCAUUUUCUCACACCUUUAUGUUGGAAAUAUUUUCCAGUAAAUAAAUGUGUGCACAUAUCUAUUAGCACAUUCAUUUUAAAUCCCUGUAUCAAAAAUAAAACCAUGUUUGUCCUCUGGAGAAGAUAAAAGUCUUUGAAGGAGCUGUGAAGAAAGCUACAAGCUGGAGCAGAGCUCACAGAGAAAAAACAACAAUACUGGUUUUGUCACAGCCACCCACCUGUGCUGUGGAAAGUCCAGCUCCCAUCCCAGAUCAAGAGAAAACUGUUACUGUGCAAAAGCAUCUACACUGUCUCAGGCGUUUAUUUCAUCACACCACUUCAGUACACAGUGAUCACUUUGCACAUAAAUGACCUUUACUUCUAAUCCUUUGAAACUACUUGACUGAGAAAUCAGCUUGAUCUAAUGGUAGUAAUAAUGAUAAGGAGUCAAUGAAAGAGCUUUACUUGUAAGUGAAGAGAGAGAAUGCAACACAAACAGAUUGUGCAGUGAAACAGAUGUUCUGGGAUGGUGGAACAAAGCCAAAGGAUAGACAAUUAAAGUCAGACUCUUCAAAGUACUAAAACUGGGAGCAAUUUGUUAACUAAAAAAAGGCUCAAAACCAAGUGUAGAUAAGAAUCAACUCCCUCCUGAUAAAGCAGAGGGAAAAUGGUUUUGACUUCAAGAAGCAUAAACAAUCUGUUUCUCCUAGAUUGUAAGGCUUACUAAUUUUUAUUGUUUAUUGUUAUGAGGAGAAAAAUAAGUUGUUUCUCAUCAGUAUUUACUUAUGCAUUGAAGUUUUUAUUAUCUGAAAUUUAAGGGGAGGAGAUGUAUCGUGAAUUUCUAUUUAAGACAGUCUUGGGAAACAGACCUUUCCAUCCUGUAAAAUCUCAAUGUCCUCUACAAGUACACUGAUAUGAAAUGUAUGUGUUUUCCUAUCUCUCUUCUGAAAUGUAUAUUUCUAUACAUUUUAUGCAACAGGCAGCAUCAUUCUUAUUCUUUGCUCUGCACAGAGUGAAAAUGUCAAAAGUUUCAUGUGAAUUAAUUAUAUUCAAUAAAGCAGAUGCCUGUUAGAAAAUGCAAACAUAGUAUUUUUUAAAGAUCUUAACAUAAGCAAAGGAAAAGGUUUUUUUUUAAAUACAAAGAAAAAUUUGGCACGUCACUUAUUGCUUCUUAGGCAUUCCACAUACCAUGAUGACUUAAUAAAAAGCCUUUUACAGCUGCACUGUGUAAUGCACAUUUCCUAUCAAAUUUAGACAUUGAGUCAUAAUGGUUAUUUUUACUGUAUUGGGAUGACAGGCUUCUGCUGGAGAAAAACAGAAGUAGAGCUGACCACACUUGUUCUACUACAGAUCAUUAGAAACAUCCUAUACCUAUGUUUCCCCUUCAUUUUUGUACAGACUCUACCAAGAAAAAAGGAACUUUUGACAUGUCCGCUCUCCUUUGUCCCAUUCAAGUUACCUGAAUAAAAAGGCAACUUGCUUGCCCAGAUGCUUCACACACUUUUGUAUGUUAA